AUGCCGUCAAUCGACUACCAGCGCAAGAAGAACGAGCCCAAGAUGAUCGGCUGUGACAAGAAGCCGACAAACUCGAAUCGGCUGUCGGGCGACGAAGAUGAUGAGAGCCUGGCCGCGAUGAUCUACCACAUCUACGAGCGGUACCCACGUCAUUUCUACGCCGCCAUCGUCAGCAUGAUUGUGUUGCUGAUCACGACGGUGUGGAUGUGCGGGAGACAUUCCGCCGUCUCGCAGCAAAUCAACGAAGGCCGAAGUGUCCAGACGUCUCGGCACUCGAUCGACGAGGUCCCGGACGGGUGGUUUGCUGUCGGAAAGGUGCACUACGACCCUCAGCAAGUGUUAGGGCGAGGCUGUGAGGGCACUGUAGUUUACAAGGGAAAAUUCGACGGUCGCGAGGUUGCCGUCAAACGAGUAGUUUCCGAAUUCCUCCGCCUGGUCGAGCGCGAAGUUGACCACCUCCGUGCCAGCGACACCCACCCACACGUCAUCCGCUACUUUUGCAUGGAAUCCGACAGCCAGUUCCGAUAUCUCGCCCUCGAGCUGUGCACGGCUUCUCUUCAUGAAUACGUCGAGAAAAAGGAGGUUCGGAAGAUGAUCGACGUCCCAGCCAAGGAACUUCUACGACAAGCCAGUGACGGGCUGUCUCAUCUGCAUUCGAUUAAUAUCGUUCAUCGUGAUAUGAAGCCGCAGAACGUCUUGAUAUCGAUGGCCAACACCAAGGGACAGGUCCGGGCCCUGAUCUCCGACUUUGGACUUUGCAAGCGGGUUCGGCCGGGUCGGAACAGUUUGUCGCAACGGAGUGGCAUGGCUGGGACGGACGGGUGGAUCGCUCCGGAAGCGUUGUUCGAGCAGAGCACGUCAUACCCGGUCGACGUCUUCUCCCUCGGCUGCAUCUUCUACUACGUCCUCACCGACGGCAAGCACGUGUUUGGCGACCCAUUCCAGCGGCAGUUGAACAUCAUGCACGGCAAGCCAAGCCUCGCCGGGAUGGAGGCGGAUCGGAACCAUAACGAGUCGAUGGCCCUGAUCCGGGAGAUGAUCCGGCACGACCCGGCCGAGCGGCCAUCCGCCCAGACGGUGCUUGUCCAUCCCAUGUUCUGGAAUGCCGACCGGAAGCUGCAGUUCUUUGGGGACGUCUCGGAUCGGGUGGAAAAGGAGGAAGACCAGGCCCCAGUUGUCCAACGGCUCGAGUCGAACGCAAAAGCGGUGGUUGGCGGCAACUGGCGAAACCAUAUUUGCCCGGCUUUAACGGAAGAUCUCCGCAAAUUCCGCACCUACAAGGGGCACUCGGUUCGGGAUCUGCUGCGAGCCAUGCGAAACAAGAAGCACCACUACCGGGAGCUGCCUAAAGAGGUCCGUGACUCCUCGGCCACAUCCCCGAAGAUUUCGUCCGGUACUUCAUUUCCCGAUACCCAUUGCUCCUCCUCCACGCCUACGAAGCCC